AUGGAAGAGGAGCUGCGCUGCUUCGCUUGUAAACAGUUUUAUAACAAUCCGGUCCUGUUGCCGUGCUAUCACGGCAUUUGUCUGCACUGCGCCCUUAAUUUGCAACAGCCCGCCAAUCAUAAUGCCGCCUCCUCCGCGAAUAACGUAAAUGUUGUUAUUACCGAAAACGCGGAAAGUGUGGCCUCCGGUUCUUCCGGAGACUACCAAGAGUCCGACAAAUUGUCCAUCCUGAGCGAAACGGAUAGCGGGGUUGUUUGUACUUCAAGACCCAACUCCUACGUAGGAACACCGAACGGAGUACUAUUUCCUAGUGCCCUAUCGCUAGCCUGUCCAAUUUGUCAUAAGGUAGUUUACUUCGACGAUAACGGUGCACACAACUUACCCAAGUACCGCGUUAUGCAAAGCGUCGUUGACCGGUACGGCGAACUGCGUAAUCUUACCCUCAAAUGUCAGUUAUGCGAACAGGAACCGGCCAAAGAUGCGACCGUGAUGUGCGAACAAUGCGAAGUACUUUAUUGCGACUCUUGCAAGGAAUCCUGCCAUCCUGCCAGAGGACCUUUGGCCAAACACGUUCUUACUGAACCGAAACGCGGAGGUAUCACCGCGAAUAAAUCGAAAGAUGGGAAAUGUCCCGAUCAUCCGGAAGAGACAUUAAACAUGUACUGUAUGGUUUGCAAAAUGAGUGUUUGUGCUUUGUGUCUCAUGGAUUCUAGACAUACCAGUCACGAUGUGCAGAGUUUGGUUGUCAUGUGUAAAGCUCAAAAGUCAGUUGAAUCCAAACCUCAGCCUGCUCUAGCCAAACAACAUCCUGGUUCUUCUACUUCUCCUUCUGCUACAAAGAAGCUUAUCUAUGCCCAAAUUGCCAGUAAUAAGGCUCAGCCUGAAAUAAUAAUCAAACCAAAGGAUAAUAAGCAAGACUGUUCCAGAACUAAAUCAGAUGUGGUAAGAGAAAUAUGUCCUGCUGAUUCUAACAUUCAAUUAUCCAAAUUGAGAACGGUCAAGGAGGGUGGGUUGUAA